GUGCGUGGGAAAGGUGAAGUCGCUCAGUUGGUGAUGGGAAUGGCAGUAUCCUGUUUGCCCAGUGCCCUGUUUUAUUGACUGAGAUGGAAGUUUCUACUUUGUUUUUGUCCCUGAUUUUUAUUUUCGUCCUGACGUCAUUGAAGCGACCAGCCCGUGUCGUCAUCACGUGGUGCCUGAUGUCGCUUAAGUUUAGAGAUUGUGGAGGCGCUGGAAGAGUUUGAAGAUUAAUUUUGAAUAUAGAAAGGAGCUUUCUCUCUGUCUCGCUUUGGUUGCAUCUGUAUCUGUUGUUGAUGAUGCUUUGUCCUUCCUGUGUUUGCAGUUUUUUCUCGCUUUCAAAACGGCCAAUUUCCUAAACCUUUUCAUUCAUUCCGCUUUCCCAAAUAUUUACAAACGUGGAGAAUUUCUGAGGCCUAAUUGUCGCUAUUUGUAAACAAGAAUAAGAAACAGUUGUUUGUUGAUUAUACUUCACUUUUUGCUGCCAAGUUCUUGAAAGAAUUUUCUUCUAUUCAAUUUGAGCAUUAGUGAACGUGCCAUUAAUUACAUCAGAGUAUUGCUUCAUGUAACUCAACUUCACUGUUAUGCCGCGGGAUAUCUGCAACAUUUUCAAACCUUUUAUCAGGUUCAUACAGCAAUAAAUGCUGAUGCGGUUAAAACUGGUAAAAUGAAUCUUUGAAUGACCCUUGGGUUGUGCUGCGAUGAAAAGAAGCAGAGUCGUGUGGUGCUGUUGCUGGGAAGUUCACACUGUGGAAUUGCUCCCUUUUGGUGAAGAAAGGGAUCUGCCAUGAGGUGUUGAUACCUUAUUUUAAAACCCUGAGACAUAGGACCUAAAUGGCGCAGCAUGACUUUGCUCCAGCCUGGCUUAAUUUUCCAACUCCACCUUCAUCAACUAAGUCACUCAACGUUGAAAAGAAUCCUGAAACUUUGGUCCGACCAGAGAAUCGUUAUGAUGUGAAUCGCAGGCGACACAACUCGUCAGACAGCUUGGAGUCUUCUGGGACUCGUUCUAGCGGAGGAAACUUUGGAAGAAAAGAGAAAAAUGGUUGGCGGUCGCAAGGACGGGGCACAGAAACUGUAAAUCCAAGAAGUGGCUACCACGGAGGGAAUCCCCGUCCUAGAAGUGGUACUUUCCAUGGAGGAAAAGCCCCGGCAUUGCAUGAGAAUAACUUAACAGAAGAUGAAAAUGGGAAAAAGGAAGAAAAGGAGAAAUCUAAGCAGUUUGAGGCUGAGGAUUUUCCAUCACUUAAUCCUGAGUCUAAAAAAGAACUUGGCAAGAACAAAUCCAUUGCAGGUGUAUGGGAAAAUCCUCCAAAUCCAAAAUCUAGAACAUCCAAAAUGCUGGUCAUUAAAAAGGUCCUCAAAGAAGAACCAAUACUACCAGGAUAUCCUCUGACAGGGGGAUCUCAUCCCCAGCCUGUGAAGAAUGGGACAGGACCCAGUGUCUAUAAGGGAUUGGUUCCUAAGGCUGCUGGUCCUCCAGCAAAGCCUGCACAGUGGAAAGGCUCAGCGAAGGAGAACAAACAUGGGACUCCAUUUGUCAGCUUCAAUGCUCUCCUAAAACCUGUACCUCAAACCUUCAGUUCAUCACCAAACUCUUUAAAGGAGAGUAGUCGUUCCAAUUCUUCUUCACCAAUUGACAUAGCAAGUCAACCUCGUAUGUUGAAACUGACACGCAUGCGCUCUGACAAGAAAAGUGAUUUUCUGAAGACUUUGAAACAGGACAAGCCUGGUGAAGGAUAUCUUGAUGAUGGAGACAGUAUGGAUAAAGAAAAGGAUUAUGGAAUGUUUAGCAUGCAACAAAACAAGAAUACUCAUCAAGAAAGAGAUGAAAAUCGAAAUUUUGAUAAAAAUGGUGAUCGUAGGGAGAAGGGAAAUGCUCGAACUCUGUCCCAGUCAACCAUUCACCCAUCAGCAUUCCCCCAAUGUAAUAUUUUAUCAAGUUCGCUGGAAGCUGAGCAUAGGCUGCUUAAAGAAAUGGGUUGGCAGGAAGAAAGUGAAAAUGAUGAAACUUGUGCUCCAUUGACAGAGGAUGAGAUGAGGGAAUUCCAGGCCAUCAGUGAACAGCUGCAGAAGAACGGCCUUAGAAAAAAUGGUCUUCUGAAAAAUGGUCUCACUUGUAACUUCAAAUUUAGUACUUGGAAGAGCACUUACAAGCCCACUGUUGAUGAUACAGAGACGAGCAGCAGUGAUACAUCUGAUGAUGAUGCGUGAGAGAUUAAAGAAAGACAUAAAAUUAUUUGGGUAAAAUGAUUAUCAUUGUGGUAAACUGCCAAAAAUAAACUGCAUUAAAAGCAGUGCCGUACCCCACCAGAAGAAAUUUGAGGGGACUUCUUUAUUCAAGAACACAGAUUGUUGGACUUGGCCUAAUUUGAACUUUGCUUAAUGCUUUGUAACGGCCUUUUGUAGUAAUGAGGAUUUCAGUUGGAUUUAGCAUUGAUUUGCUUCAUCACUGCUGAUCAGAAGAUACAUUACUACAAUGUGAAAAGUUAUUGAUCAUGGGAUAAUUUACAGAUCUAAUAAAUCGAAUUGAAGUUCAAA